GUUGACGUUCCUCUCGGCCGUUGGACAGACAGCUCGCACACUGGGCUGUGCCUGUCUGUCUCUGAUCCGAGCACUAGUCGUCGUGGUUCUCGACGUAGCUUGCUAGCUGUGUAAUUUUUUUUCCUCAGAAGACGUAGGUUGUACGGAAGCAUACCAGGGUCCUUUUUGUGGGAAGCACUUUUUCUCCCUCCUCCCUUUUCCUGUUUUUUGUUUUUGUUUAACAUUUUUGUUUGUGAUUAUUUUUGUUUGUACUUUUUUUUUUUCGUUUAAUUGAUUUUGGUGCGAAGAGAACAACUUCGCCAUCACAGAAUUGCAACCAGCUGUUUUCAUGGUCUGUGGUCAGUUUGUACCCACUGACGGACACAAGCCUUGCGGGCCCAAGAGUUCACAGGAGGAAAGAUGAGCACCGUCAAGCCCAGUGGGAUCAAAGUGCCCAGCAAGAUAGCUAAGCCACCUGGGACUGCAGCCCCCAAGACCAACUCCAGCACAGUUAAAGCUGCAUCUGACAAAUCAGCUCCAAGUGCCAGUGGAGGAGAUGCCCAAAGUGCUGGGGAUAACUUCCAGAUUGGGGAGCGAGUAUGGGUGAAUGGGAAUAAGCCAGGCUACAUACAGUUUUUGGGAGAGACACAGUUUGCCCCAGGACAGUGGGCUGGGAUUGUUUUAGAUGAACCAAUUGGGAAAAAUGAUGGGUCCGUGGCAGGUGUGCGCUACUUCCAGUGUGAGGCCCUACGAGGAAUAUUCACACGUCCGUCCAAGUUGUCUCGCACAGAAGGAGAGGCUAAUGGAACUCAGACAGCGCCACCCUCCCGUGCUGCAUCACCCACCCCUUCAGUUGGUAGUGUUGCCUCGCAUACACCCACCACGAAAUCAGCAUUGCCCUCAACUACCACAGCAGCGAAGAAGGCCUCCUCCACUACACCAGCUACACCAGCUACACCAGCUACAUCAUCUUCCAACCUCGCAAAGACAAACAGUGAAUCUAUUUCCAACCUGUCAGAAACUGGAUCAGUCAAGAAGGGAGAAAGGGAACUGAAGAUAGGUGACCGUGUAUUGGUUGGUGGUACAAAGGCAGGAGUGGUACGUUUCCUUGGAGAAACAGAUUUUGCCAAAGGCGAAUGGUGUGGUGUGGAAUUGGAUGAACCCCUAGGAAAGAAUGAUGGGGCGGUGGCAGGCACAAGAUAUUUUCAGUGUCAGCCCAAGUAUGGCUUGUUUGCUCCAGUGCACAAAGUCACACGCAUUGGCUUCCCAUCGACCACACCAGCCAAAGCAAAAACAACAGUUCGGAAAACAGUGGCCACACCAUCAGGGCUAAAGCGAAGCCCUAGUGCUUCCUCCAUUAGUACCAUGAGUUCUGUGGCGUCUUCUGUCAGUGCCAAGCCCAGCCGCACAGGCCUGCUAACGGAGACAUCAUCCCGGUAUAGUCGAAAGAUCUCGGGCACCACAGCUCUACAGGAGGCCCUGAAGGAGAAGCAGCAGCAUAUUGAGCAGCUAAUGGCUGAGAGGGACAUGGAGAGAGCUGAGGUAGCCAAGGCUACUGGCCAUGUUGGAGAGAUGGAGCAAGAAAUCAGCCUGCUCAGAGACGAUCAGGAGCAGAUGGAGGCUAAGAUGGACCAGUUACGUGCCUUGGUAGAAGCUGCAGACAAAGAAAAAGUUGAGCUGCUGAAUCAGCUGGAGGAGGAGCGUAGGAAAGUGGAGGAUCUUCAGUUCCGUGUAGAGGAGGCUUGCAUUACCAAAGGAGAUCUGGAGACGCAGACCAGACUGGAGCAUGCCCACAUUAAGGAGCUUGAACAGAGCCUGCUCUUUGAAAAGACCAAAGCUGAGAAACUCCAAAGAGAGUUAGAAGACACUAGGGUUGCUACUGUGUCAGAAAGAUCCCGUAUCAUGGAGCUUGAGAGGGACCUUUCACUGCGAACAAGAGAGGUAGCUGAUCUGCAGCUGCGUCUUGAGACCCAGCAGGGUUCUGAGGACACUGAUACUACUAUUUCUCCCCUUCUGGAAGAGAUAAACUCUCUGAGGGAUCAGUUGGCUUCCCAAGAAGCUAAGCAGCAAGAAGAGCUGGCAGAAUACAAGGAGAAGUUAGAAACUCAAGAAAAGACCCACAGUGAGGCAGUUGCCCAACUUCAGGCUUCGUGUGUAAGGCUCUCUGGUGACAACGAGCAGAUGCAGAUGCGCUUAAGUCAGGCUGAGAAAGAGAAUGCUGACAUUGCUGAACUCUGGCGUUCCAAGUUGGAGUCUGCCAUUUCCUCUCACCAGCAAGCCAUGGAGGAGCUGAAGGUGUCCUUCAGCAAAGGUGCAGGUGCCCAGACUCAAGAACUUGUCGAAACAAAAAGUGCACUAGAGAGGUUGAAGCUGGAACACCAGAUGGCUCUAGAGGAGGCUGGAGCUAAAAUUGACGCUGAUACCAGAGUUUGGACUCUGGAGACGCAGGCACUGAAGGCACAGCUGUCGACUUUGACCGAGGACAAGGAGCGACUGGAGGAAUCAUUACGGACCAGUGUUGAAAAAACAGAAGAGCAGCACCUGGUGGAGAUGGAGGAUGUCCUUGGAAAGCUUCAUGCUGCUGAACUUAGGGUAAAGGAGCUUGAGGAGAAAGAAGCAAUGUUGGCACAACAGGUCCAAGACAAGGACACGGAAACCAAAGAGCAGAUGGCAGAAAUGGUGGCACUUCGUAGCCAAGUAGCACAAGGUAACCAGGAGCUUGUAACCCUGAAGAGUCAAUUACAGGUGGUUCAGAGUGAAGGAAACAACCAGGGUACCAAGGUUAGUGAACUGAGCUCUCAGUUGGAGGGCAGGCAGCAGGAAGUCCUCACUUUACAGCAGAGUCUGACCAGCGUACAGCAGGAGAAGGACGCCCUGGAAAAAGAGCUUGGAGACCUGAAACAAAAGUUGACAGAAAGCACAGAGGAGCAGACAAAAUCAACAAAAACUAUGCAAGAAACACUUGAGAAGCUCAAACAGAAGGAAGAGCAGUGCAUAUCCCUAACAGCAGAAUCAGGGUCUCUAAGAAGUCAGCUUGCUGGAUUGGAGAGGAAACUGAAGACUGCAGAUGAAAUGCUUGAGCAGCUUUCAAAGGACAAAAAGAAACUGGAAGAUGAUAUUUCAGACAUGAUGAAGGCAUCUGGAGAUAGUUCAGUACAGCUGACCAAAAUGAAUGAAGACCUCAAACAGAAAGAAAGGAGGCUUGAGGAGUUACAAAGCCAGCUAGCGGAGAUGAAGGAGAAUGUGGCACAUUUGAAUGAACAACUUCAGCAGGAGCAGUCCCACAAAGAGCAAGAGCUGAAAGAAACCAGAGAGACACAUACUUCUCAAAUAAGUAGUCUUCAAGAAAAGAUUGCUGACUUGGAGAAGACUGUAAAACAGGGUGAAGCUCUGGUUGAGGAGAUGAAGUCCUCACAACAGAAAUCCUCAGAGCUUCAUGAGAAGGAACUUGAGAUGCUGAAGAGUCAGGCUGACAAGUUGAACCAGGACCUCUCCUUAUCUAAGGACAAAGCCCAGGAGCUGGAGAAGUUGGUUUCUGAGCUGCAGCCAUAUAAGGAACAGGCUCAGUGUCUUUCUGCUGAGCUUGACUCCUACAAGCAUGAUGUUGAACGUUUUUCCAAAAAACUGGAAAAGCAAAGUCUAGAUAUGGAAAUUAUGUGUAAGGAAAGUGAGGAUGUUAAGGCUGAGAAAGGCAAACUGAAGAAAUGCCUUUCAGAUGUGCAGACUAAGCUCACUGCCCUUGAGACUGUUCACCAGGAGCUUUCAGUCGAGAAAGAAGAACUGCUGUUAGCCAGAGAUAAGCUUUCAAAAAAUCAAGAGGAACUACUUGCCAACAACAAGUGUUUAGAUGAAGAAAGAAUUUCAUUGAAGGAGGAGUUGGAGAAGCUCAAAGAUGUUCUUCAGGAAGUACAGACUGAAAACAAAAACUUAAAGCAAGCUAAAGAUGAACACCAGGCCCAGAUUGAGGAGCUUCAACGACAAAAUAGUGAGAAGAAUCACUUGAUGCUAAAGCAUCAGCAGGACAUCCAGCAAAUUGAGAAUAAAAAGAAGCAACUACUUGAGGAUUAUGAAAAUGUCUGCAAAGAGAGGAACCAGCUUGAAGCAGAUCUCAAUGAAAGCAGGUCUAUGCUCACAUGUGAGAAGGACAAUCUAAUUUUAGAGAGAGAUUCUGCUAGAAAUGCCAAAAAAUCUCUAGAUGCUAAGAACGCUGAGUUGCAGGUAAAACUUAAAUCCUUGAACUUAGAAAAAGAAGAUCUUACAAUGAAGAAUACUCAACUGCAGGCCCUCACAGAAACAUUGACAAAAGAGAAGUUGGAGAUGUCCUCUGAAAUCAGUGCUGCUAUGUUGGAUAAAAAGAGUCUUGAGACAGUGAAGGAGGAGCUCAAAAAUAAGCUCAGUGUUACAAAGAAAGAGUUGGAGAGCUUUGUCCAUGAAUGUGAAGAACUUAAAGCCUCAAAAUUUAGCCUUGCCCAGAUGCUGGAAGACUUCAAGACGAGCAGUCAGGUGACUGAUUCUGAGCGGCUUCACCUUCUGCAGGAGAAAGAAGACUUGCUUGCAAUCCAAAGAAAAGUCUGUCAUGAGAAAGAAGAGCUGCUCAGAGAGAUCGAGGAGCUAAGAGAGAAGCUUCAGGUCUCGACAGAUCAACUGUCUCAGUCCAAUGAAAAAUUUAAAGAAGCAUCAUCAUCUUUUGAGCAAGAGAAGCAAGCAUUUCGCCUUCAGAAUUCUGAAACCGAGAUGGCUCUACAUGUUGUACGAAAAGAAAAGAUGAGUCUGGAUUCAGCGCUUGACCAGCAGAAAAUUGAAUAUGAUUGUUUGGCGGGAGAGAAGGGAGAACUAGAAGAGAAGCACACAAAAGCCAUAGCUGAGAAAAAUGCUCUAUGUCUUGAGCGCGAUAGGCUAGCUAAUGAAAUACGAGCAAUGAAAGACCAGUUGGAUAGUUACUCCAGAGAUAAUGCUGCCUUUAUUCAAGAGCAGUCUCAUUUAGCAACAGUGCUUGAGGAAACUAAAUGCAAGAAAGAAGGGGCUGAAGCAGAGGUUACCUCUUUGAAACAACAAAAGGAUGAACUACAAAAUGAACUACAGAAACACAAGUGCGAUAUUGAACUUCUUGAAAAAUGCAAAACUGAACUUGUUCAAGAGCACAGUAAGCUAAAAAUGGAUCUUGAGAAGAGUAAUUUAGAAUUUGUUCAGCAAAUUGAUAGCAUUACAAAAGACUGUCAAUGUCUGCAGAUGUUACAGUCUGAAGCUGAAGCUAAAGCUCAGUCCUUGCAGAAAGAGAACCAAGGGCUGCUUCAGGAGAUUCAGAAGUUGAAAAAUCAUACUGAAUCAAUAACAGAGUCCAACCACCUUCUCGAGAGCCAGUUGCAGGCCGAAUCCAGUGAACGGAAUAAAGCAUUAUCUGACAAGGAUGAUCUCUCCAAACGAAUUGAGGAGCUGCAGAAAACACUGUCCAAAGUUACACUAGAAAAUCAGGAGAUUUCUUCUAAACUUACGAAGGUUGAUGAGCAGAAUAAGUCCUCUGUAGUGGGUAUGGAAGCUUUGAAAACACAACUGAAGCAGCAAGAAAAAGAAACUAGCCAGUUGAAGGAAGAUAAAGAACAGCUAUUAUCUGAGCUUGAAGAGAUGGGGAAACGGAUGACCUUCUUGACCACAGAGAAGGACGAUCUUUCAGCUGGAAAGUGUAAACUGGAGCAGGAUAUUUCUUCUCUCCACACAAGCCAAGAAAAUUGGCUUGCAGAACGGUCAAAACUGCUUGAGCAGGUAGAGAAGUUGCACACUGUCCAGAAACAACUAGAGGUUGAUGUCAAAGGCCUACAGUUUGAUAAAGAACUUUUGGAAAAGCAGUACAAAAAUGCUGUUGGGGAGAUAUCAGCCUCUGCGAUUGUGAAAGAAGAGAUUACCUCCAGCAUCGCAGAUCUAACUGCUCAGAAGGAUGCCUUGCAGGUGGAGAGAGACGAAGCCUCCCAGCAAAUCAGGCAGCUCGAGUCCCAACUAAAAAAUGCCAUUUCUAAGCAGCUUGAGGCUACUGAGGCCUCUGGCAAGACUGCUGAGGCUCUCGAACAGCUGACAAAAGAGAAAGCCAGUUUGAUGCAGGAGAAGAACAAAGCCCAAUCUUUGCUGGAGGAACUCCAGAGCUCCAAGCAGGAGAUGGAAACCCAGAUAAAAAAUUUAAGGAACGAGAAUUCCAAGUACCAAGAAGAUCUGAAUGUAUCCAAAGAGCAGCUUUGCACGGAAACUCAGAAGACUAAGAGUCUGUGCCAGGAAGUAGAGGAUCUUAAAAAAGCAGAUUCUGAGAAAACACAGUCCCUGCAGAUGCUGCAAGAUGAGAACAACAAGCUGACUCGGGAGCUUAAAAACAAUCACAAAGGCCAGAGUGAUCUUACAAAGGUCAAGGAUGAGAACUCAAAACUUAAAAAACAGCUGGAAGAGAUUAAGCAAAGUGAGAGCACCCUGAAGCAGCAGUUUGACAAAGAGAAGGCCACCCUCCAACAGUCCAUCCAUAAAAACAGUGCCUUAAUUUCAGAAAAGGACCAGCAGGUGGAAAACCUGAGGAGCGAGCUGGCUGUGCUGCAUGAGGAAAGUGCUUCAGUUAAGACACUGCAGGGUACAAUUCAAGCCUUGGAGUGGGACAAGGCAAACCUACAGGAGCAUGUUCAGAGAUUAGAGAAGGACCUGGCUGCAGGGCCUGACGCCGUCAGCAAGUCCUCAGGUGAUGCAGUUUUGGACCAACUAAGGGAGGACAAGGAGACUGCAGAGAGUCAGGCAGCGAUUGAGUUCCUGAAUUCCGUCAUCGUUGACCUGCAAAGGAAGAACGAGGAGCUCAAGGACAAAUUAGAGAAAAUGGCUGCUGCUGCUCUCAACGGAAAUAAUCCAAGCGAGCUGGAUAAUUAUGAUAGCCGUGACAAGGAACCUGUGAAGAAGAAGCCUCCCCCAAGGCUUUUCUGCGACAUCUGUGAUUGCUUCGACCUCCACGAUACCGAGGAUUGUCCAACACAAAUGCAGAUGCCCGACUCGCCUCCACACACCACCUACCACGGCAAUAAGGGCGAAGAACGGCCCUACUGUGACAUCUGUGAGGUCUUUGGCCACUGGACCGACUCCUGUAACGAUGACCAGACCUUUUGAAGUCCAUAUCACCCUUGUUCGCACAAUCACUGUAUUUGCACAUCAUGUUAGAUUAUGCGGUGCUUUUUGGGGUUUUGGUUUGUACGCGUGCAUUUCGUGUGCUUGUUUUUGCCAAGCGUCUUUAAUGUCCACGCCAGUCCUCAAGCGCUCUUACAGGAAAAUAGUCUCCUGAGAAUCUCUUUCCAAAAAUUGAGACAUACAUAAAAAUAAUAUACAGCCGUUAACAAUUUGUAAAUGACUUUGGAGGAAAAAUGUUUGAUAUCCUGGGUUUGUGUGAGUGAGGAGAUACUGUAGGUGGAUGCGUCAUUGUGGGAGAAGCCUCGAUCUUCUUCAGAUCACUUAAUUUAUCGAUAUUCUAACAUUGUUUGCACAGCUUGUGGUGGGAUUACAAAGAUAAUAUACUGUCAUAAAAGAUAUUAUUGAAACUGUAAAUUACUUGAUUGAAAAACAAAUGUCAGUUUUCGCAAAAUUGCUGAGCUAUAGUUUAUUUUUUUAUGCCUGGAAAUACUAUGUACUCUUUAAAGGUUUGAUAGUAUGUGUGUAAUUUUGCAGCGGUUGAUCACAGAGAGCGCUGUGAUCGCUAUUGCCUGCAUUAGAGCAGUGACACCCAAUGCUGUUUGGCUUUAACAGGAACUUUUUUAUGUUCUUCAUGAAGGAACUGCUGGAUGAUUGGUAAGUACAUGAAAGUUCAAGCUCUUCACACUUACUGUAACCACUCAGUUCAAAGGGCCUUUCCAAAAAUAAUUUCUGUUUGAAACAAAAGACUUAGGUAUUUCUUUAAAAAUGUUUGGAAUAUAUGUAUAAAAAUAAAUGAAAAUGAUGAAUGAAA